UGUAGUUGAACUUGUGUGACAGCUGUACGGCGGAAGAUGUGUAAUUAUAGGGGAUUUAGAACUGAGCCAGAACAACAUUUUCCUGGCAGAAAUUUGGCUCGGCGAAGCUUUAUCUCGUGAGUAACUUGGAGCCAAGUUUAGGAAGCUCCACCUGAAGCGAGAGUGGAGGAGCAGCCGUGCCCGAGAUCCGGCCGCUUCGGCCUCGUCUUUCAGCUCAGAUUGCGCAGACCUUAUGAAUGAGCCCCUGCGAGGUGCUGGCGCGCGGAGCAAAUAAAGUUAUCGGCGUUCUUGAGACGGCCACGUUUUAAUCCUGACUUAUUCCCUGGUGGUUUGUCAUCAUCCCCAGCCCUGGUCUGCACGUCGGAUGGACAGAAUGACGGAAGAUGCUCUGCGCCUGAACCUCUUGAAACGGAGCUUGGACCAAGCAGAUGAUCGGGAUGAUGUCCUGGCAAAGAGAUUGAAAAUGGAAGGACAUGAGGCGAUGGAGCGCCUGAAGAUGCUGGCACUGCUGAAGAGGAAAGACCUCUCGGGCAUUGAGGUGCCCCACGAGCUCCCGGUGAAACAGGAUGGUGUGAAAGUCUAUGAAGAAAAGCUGAAUGGGAGCCUUAGGCCCCAUGGGGAUGGCAGGACUGCAGGGAGGCCAGGGAAGGAAAACAUUAACGAUGAGCCAGUGGAUAUGAGCGCAAGGAGAAGUGACCAGGACAGGGGACGAUUAACCCCUUCGCCAGAUAUAAUUGUCCUCUCCGAUAAUGAGGCAUCCAGUCCCCGUUCCAGCUCUCGUAUGGAGGAAAGACUUAAAGCAGCAAAUCUUGAAAUGUUUAAGGGUAAAAGCAUAGAGGAGCGACAGCAGCUGAUCAAGCAGCUUCGGGAUGAGCUACGGCUGGAGGAGGCCAGGCUUGUGUUGCUGAAGAAACUGAGGCAAAGUCAGCUGCAAAAGGAGAAUGUGGUACAGAAGACUCCAGUUGUCCAGAAUGCAGCGUCUAUUGUCCAGCCAUCUCCUGCUCACGUGGGACAGCAGGGACUGUCCAAGCUUCCCUCCAGGCCUGGAGCUCAGGGGGUUGAGCCUCAGAACUUAAGGACAUUACAGGGUCACAGUGUCAUUAGGUCUGCCACAAAUACGACCCUGCCCCAUAUGCUUAUGUCGCAGCGUGUGAUUGCUCCGAACCCUGCCCAGUUACAAGGGCAGCGGGUUCCUCCUAAACCUGGCCUCAUCCGCACUACAACUCCAAGCAUGAAUCCAGCCAUCAACUACCAACCGCAAUCAAGUUCUUCUGUUCCUUGCCAGCGUACGUCAUCUUCAGCCAUCUAUAUGAACCUUGCCUCUCACAUCCAGCCUGGCACUGUGAACAGGGUGUCGUCUCCGCUCCCCAGCCCCAGUGCUCUGAACGACGCCGCCAACUCCCAGGCAGCUGCCAAGCUUGCCCUGCGCAAGCAGCUGGAAAAGACGCUGCUGGAGAUCCCACCCCCAAAGCCACCCGCUCCCCUGCUGCAUUUCUUGCCCAGCGCAGCCAACAGCGAGUUCAUUUACAUGGUGGGGCUGGAGGAGGUGGUGCAGAGCGUUAUCGACAGUCAAGGGAAAAGCUGCGCGUCCCUUCUGCGAGUGGAGCCCUUUGUCUGUGCCCAGUGCCGCACCGACUUCACCCCUCACUGGAAACAGGAGAAAAACGGGAAGAUCCUGUGCGAGCAGUGCAUGACUUCCAAUCAGAAGAAGGCGCUGAAGGCAGAGCACACCAACCGACUGAAGAACGCCUUCGUGAAAGCUUUGCAGCAGGAGCAGGCAAGUACACAGCUCCUCUGCGAGCUGUGCCGGUGGGGCACGCUUGCUCCGGGAGAGCCUGGAGCUCCCCGCCUCGCUUCUUGGGGCUGCCGGAUGAGCCCGGUGCCUUCUUACCAUCUUUGUUCUCCUCUUCCUCAGGCUCCGCAGCCCCAGAGCACUUUGCAGCGUGGCAUCCCCACCUCUGCCCGCUCCAUGCUUUCCAACUUUGCGCAGGCACCCCAGCUGUCCGUGGCGGGCGGUCUCCCUGGUUUGCCAGGUGUUAACAUCGCUUACCUGAAUGCUGGGAUCGGAGGCCACAAAGCAUCGAGUUUGGCGGACCGGCAGCGGGAAUACCUUUUGGAUAUGAUCCCACCCCGCUCUAUAUCGCAGUCCAUCAGCGGACAGAAAUAACGCCUAUUGACCGUCCCCCCCAUCACCACCACCUUCCUCCCCACUUCCGUCGCAUGCAGUGCCUGUACUGGUGCCUACCGUACACGGGGGAAAAAAAAAAAAGACAAAAAAAAAAAAAAGAAACAAAAAACAAAUGAAAACAAAACAAACAAACAAAAAAAAAACCAUUUCAAACCUUCAGCGACCUGUCCUUUUUCCAAACCUUAACUCCCUCGGUUUUCUAUAGCAGUGAGAGGUCACUUCCCUUGCCCGAGGUCAGAGCAGUGGCUGCUCCAGAUCAGCACCCUGCGUGUGCUACAGCUUGGUUUAUGCUAUUUUUUUUUUUGUAACGACGAAGCGUAGAAUUUUUAAUUGUGUUGUGGG